CAUCCGGUUCCAGAUAUCCAAGUAGUUAUUUGUCAUUUCUAAAGAAGAAUUUACCUCGCAGAAUCGCCAGUUUUAGAAUAGGACAAAAAAUGUGGGCAAUUACUUGGUUUAUGAAGAUUCUUUUAUAUGGAUCGGUUCUGACACACCCGUAUGUGGAUAUACAGGUCACGGGUCCUUUGGAAGACUCUGAGAAUGAUGAUAUCUAUCUUGGGCAGAGGACUGCUCACAAAGUUUCCCUAGAUUUUGCAGGCCAAACAGUUCAAAAUCUUGAAAUCGAAAUAAUGUCGAGCGACGACACGAAUUUCAUUCUUGGAGCAGAGCCUACUGUUUCUAUUGGUGACGACGUAAACGCAACAGUGAUGGUGAACGGGGAACCAUUGGCUAUUACAGAGACCACAUACUUCUACUUUAUGGAGAAAAAGUAUGAAGGAGAUUUCAAGGAUCCAGAUCUUGCAAUAAGACACGAGACUGGUUUUAUUUUGACACUUGGAAAUAUUUCGGCUCCAAGCAGUAAUACUUCAAGUUCAACGAAGGUAGAUAUCGAAAUGGAAUUCUACUAUCAUACAUACACCCAGCAAGUGGAAGGUUUCUUUUCGACAUUUGCCGUGGAAUACAACAUGAAUAAUGAAAGCUAUCUUAUCCUCAGUCAAAUACAGUACACGUUGCAGCCAACUACAAAUCCUAUUACCGUGGACGAAGCGUUUGAUGUAGAAACUAUCCCAGACCCUAUCAGAGGCCUUCCAUUAAUUAACUUAUUCAUUAACUUACCGUUUGUGUUGAGCAAUCUACAAGUUCAGGUGUCAGUUAAGAAUGAAGAUUUGUACAAGGAUAAGAUUGUAGUGUCUGAAAUGAGACUUGCGGUUGUCGGACACUCAUUUAAGUCCGUCGCAAAGGAGAGGAUAUAUUCCAAGGCUUACAGUGAAUGUCCUUUAACUUCGUCUCUGGUGUUGGAUUGUGGACUGCUGUUUAACAAAGAUGCUACAAACAACCCCGAGAAUGACGAUCGUAACCUUUUGGUUGUUGAAACAAUCUUACAAACAUUGGAUACAGACCUUAACGGAACAGACAUAGAGUUUGUGAUAGGGAUACAUGUUGAGAAGGUUGCUAUAUGGUUUGGCGAACUAAAUCUCACGGUUAAUCUUGCACCAAGGGCACUUGAUGUGUUUUCAACAUUUACCACAAAUGUAAACGAGAAUUACAAAGUGGUAUCACCUGGAUUUCAAGGAAUAGUUGAGAUAACCUUAACAAUCCCAGAGUUCACCAGAAAUAACUAUACUUUCUCAUUCAUAUCAACGUCAACGAAAGGAAAGGACAACGCUCUUAGCAUCUUGGGCAUGGUCUUAAACACGGCUGGAAACAACAUUGACUGUGACACCCGAACAAUGUCAAAUAUAAAAUUAGAACUUGCCGAGUCCAAACCUGGGUCGGGACUGUACAAUAGCGGCAGCGUUACCUUGACCAUUGAAAAUGUAAACGUUGAGAUGAAGCCGACUGAAGAAUUAAACCGCGUAAAAUUCAACUUGUACGUUAUGAUGCUAGAGACUGCAAAACCAGGCGAUGUACACAGACUGUUGAUUGACAUCAAUGAUGUGGGAGGACAAACUGCUGACUUUACUGUUGGAGCAGAUAAGAGUUAUUCUCAAUUUCCACUUUACAAAGAUGAACUUCAAACUGAUUGCUCAACACAGACGUAUUUACCUGACACCAUAAUGUCAGUUUCAUUUGAUGUUACUACAUUCCGGAACACGGUUGUUAGCCCUGUCACCUACCGAACGGCAGUACCAAGCGCGGGAAUGCAUUUGUUAGAGGUCGUAAGUGCUGAGGUUAUUUUCAGAGGACGGAACGUUGGGUGUGUUAAUGUCGGUAAUAUUACCACCAAAGUGGUUGAAUGGGUUGAUACCGAUUCUGAUCUGGGAGGAACGUUUUUAUAUCUACCAUUGGUGUGCAACGUCGAAGUUGUUGACGAUCCGAAAGAAGACACAUUUGUCAUCGCAUUAAAGCUGCAUAUUUUGAAUUUGGAAGAACUCCGUGCCUCCGAUAUGAAUAAUCAUUUAUUUAUAACGCACAGGGAGACUUUCUCGGACAAAGAUACAUUUCUAGAUCGCUUCAACACGAAAACAUCCAUUGACUUUAGUAAGACUAGAAGAGUUGACAAACUCAAGAUUCCAAAUUCUAUGCAUAAGUACAUCGACGCAAACAAUUUUCUCUUCAAACUUCAAUGGAGCGAGGACAAUGUGGAAUUUCAUGAUUAUAGCCAUACAUGGGGCAAGGGAGUAAACGUCACCGAUGCACUUGUAUUCAAAACUGAUCGUCCUCUAUACGCACGCUACGUCCGUCUUGUGUAUGAGAGUAAUGGGUGUACUCUUCAAUACGAACCCGAACAAGCAGACUUUGGAAAAGACAUUGAUUUUUACGGCAAAGAUUUCUCCAAGAACACAAUGUUAGAAAAUGUAAUGUAUGUCUUGGAUGACGACGAUAACACAUGUAAACAACUUCCAAACAAAACAACAACGGAGACUGUCACUUACUACUGGUCACACUUCAAAACUAACAUAUGGAACACCGACGGGGUAACGGCAUUCACGGUGAAGCUUACUGGACGAGGGAUUUCAUGUGAUAAUAAAUUAGGCCGUCAAGUCACUAAGGUGAUGUAUCCGAAAAAUGCAGCUACGAGUAACUUCAGCGGUUCAUGGAAAAAGUGCACAUUUCUAGAGAGAGUUGAAGGCGAUCCAAUGUCAUGCAUGUACAAGUGCCCAUGCUCAGACGCCAUAUCUUGUGCAGCUAUCAGCGUUCUACUUUAUUACGAUGGUGAACCAACCGAACCCUUCGAGUUAUGUGGCGUUAAAAUCAUACAAUGAAAUAUUUACAGAAAAAUAAACAGAACUUUUUGUAUCGAAUAAUGAACAACAGUUUUGUGUUAAAAGUUAAUUUUCUGUAUACAUUGAAUUUAUUUUUAAGACAGUUGUAUUUUCAAAAUCAAUAUUUUCUGAAAAAGUUUCCAUAAUAUGUGAAUUUGAAAAAAAAAAAAACUUUUGGUAUACUUUUUAAUACAUACUUUAUGUACAUUUUUUAGUUAAAACCUUAUUUUUCUGUAUUAAGAUAUGAGCCGUGUCACGACAAAACCAACA